UUCAUCCCAUGUAAAUGCAAGUAUAAAAGAAGAAUUUGAGAUUAUAUAUAUAUCGGAUCAAUUUAUUUCGCCUCCGGUGCGCAAUGCUGGGGAAACGGCUCGGCAGCGGAAAGUUCCUGCCGUUCACAGACGUUCCCAUACGGCACCCACCAUACGGCACCCACCCUCGCCGCCACACGUUCCGUUAUUCCGCGGAUAUCCCCAACCCCACGCCUCCUCUCCUGCCUCUCCUUCCCCUCCCCCAAACCCAAACACAAACACAAACACAAACACAAAGCCUGUCCGAUAUGCUACCUUAAUUCCCAUCCUUAUCCCAUAAUGUGCCGGAAUAGAAGGGACGUAAUGGCGUCGGCUCCCAAUCCCCGACCCAGACAAAAACCCAAGUCCUCUCCCCGCGCCUUCCGAUCCUCCUCCUCCGCCUCGUCAGCUGCCGCCGCUGUCCCCACUGCCUCCAGCUCCGCCGCCACCAACUCCACCACUAGUGACCUCACCGCUCUCUUCUCCACCUCCUCCUCCUCCACCUCCCUCGCCGGCCUGAGCCUCUCCAUCCGCGACAAGGGCCCUAUCCUCUACUCCUUCGCCGAGAUCCUCGCCGCCACCAACAGCUUCCUCUCCCCUUCCCUCUCCUCCUCCUCCUCCGCCUGGCGCUGCUCCCUCCGCGGCGCCGACGCCGCCGUCGUCUGCCGCCCCUUCCGCGACGACCCCGCCGCCCUCCCCGCCCACCUCGCCGCCCUCUACCGCAGCCACCACGUGGCCGUCGCCCGCCUCCUCGGCGCCUCCCUCGCUGGCGACCACAUCUACCUCGUCUACGAGUACGUCCCUGGUGCUACCCUCGCCGACUGCCUCAGAAACCCUAGAAACCCCAGCUUCUCCCCACUCCCCUCCUGGCUCUCACGCGUCCAGGUCGCGGCCGACCUGGCCCAGGGGCUCGAGUACAUCCACCACUAUUCUGCCGGCACCAGCCAGCAGUCGCCGGCGCCGCCGGAGCGCGGGCGGUUCCGCGGCACCGUCCACGACCGGAUCAAGAGCUCCGCCGUCAUCGUCACCGAGCAUGGCUUUCGCGCCAAGAUCUGCCACUUCGGCGCCGCGGAGCUCGCCGGGGACGUCUCGGUCGACGCCGUGGAGACGAAUGCCUGGGAGAUAGAGAGCGCCUCUCCUCGACGGCGAUCGGAGACCCGCGCGACGAGGAUCGAGGGAAAGAGGGGGUACAUCGCGCCGGAGGUGAUCGCUGGCGGGCGGAUCUCGCGGAGGUCCGAUGUGUUCGCCUUCGGCGUCGUCCUCCUCGAGCUGCUCUCCGGGGAGGAGCCGGUCCGUUACCGGUACGACCGGGAGAGCGGGGGGUUGGAGGUGUUUUCGAUCAUCGAGGCGGCGAGGAGGGCGAUCGAGGCGGCGGAGAAGGAAGAGAAGGAGGAGAGGUAUAGGAGGGUGAGGGGGUGGGUGGACCGGAGGUUACGGGACUCGUUCCCGGUGGAGGCCGCGGAGAAGCUGAUCCGGGUGGCGCUGAGGUGCGUGGAGGCGGAGGCGGGGAAGAGGCCGGACAUGAUAUGGGUGGCGGGGAAGCUGUCGAAGCAGUUGAUUGAGGCCGAGGCCUGGGAGGAGAAGGUCAGGAUUCCAGCGGACUUCUCGGUGUCGCUUGCUCCGCGGUGAGCAUGUCACGGGAGUUCAUAUUUUUUAUUUUUUAUUUUUUUUUUACACGGCACACUGAAAAGAAAGUUUGGGAUUUGCUUUCAAGGUCGCAAAGGUCGGAUGGGCCUCUGGAUUCAGGAUGUACAAACAAACUAGAUUAAAGCUGCUGUAGUAUGGGACCAAUAAAAAUAAAAAAAAGGAAAAAUUUAUUUUUUCUGACUGGAUAAAUUU